AAAUACAGUCUCGAUACUCGAGAAACGUAUAUCUCAUUUUGUUCCACUACGAACAUGUAUAUUGAUGCAAUCCGAGGGACCGAGGAAACGUGAUUGCAGAACCCGAUAACUGUUUGUGUAAGUGGUGUUUUAGUAAGCAAAACUUUGUUGUUAACCCGAUAGCACGUUUGUGAUCGUUGUGAGGUUAUGUUUUAUGUUUGGAAUAACCUUGGUCUAGGAGCGAUGUGAGCCACCUCGUCACAGUGCUAUCUAGUUGACUUCCCGUGGAGCUUCCCCCAUCGAAACGCACAUGCUGCCGAGGGGCCUGAGGCAGUUAAGCGGGCUCCGGCGGGGGACUUCAUCCCUUGGGAUCCGACCCCCGUAUCUCCCGAGGCCGUCUCAGAGCAGGGGACUGGCCGGCACCCUUCCCGAACUCACCAAGGAUCGAUACCCGCACGUGAAAAGGGGCGACUAUGCCACAUUGGACGGGAAUCACUUGAAGUUCUUUACAGGACUGCUCGGCGAGAAUCGCGUGCUCACCGACCCCUCAGAAUGCGAGGGAUACAACGUCGAUUGGAUCAAGAAUGUUAGAGGUUACAGCCAGUGCGUCCUGAAGCCGAAGACCACGGAGGAAGUGUCCAAGAUACUGAGUUUCUGCAACGAGCACCGCAUAGCGGUGUGCCCGCAAGGCGGAAACACGGGGUUAGUUGGGGGAUCGGUUCCGGUUUUUGACGAGGUCGUUUUGUCAACGGCCCUCAUGAACGAAAUCAUAAGCACGGACGACACGUCAGGUGUUUUAGUUUGUCAAGCUGGUUGCAUAUUGGAAACUUUGGAUUCGCAUUUGGCGCCUCAUGGUCUGAUGAUGCCAUUAGAUCUGGGAGCCAAAGGUUCCUGUCACAUAGGAGGCAAUGUAGCCACUAAUGCUGGAGGAUUAAGACUGUUGCGUUACGGAAAUUUGCAAGGGUCUGUUCUUGGUUUAGAAGCGGUUAAAGCAAAUGGAGAAGUGUUAGACUGUUUGAGUACAUUAAAAAAGGAUAACACAGGAUACCACCUAAAACAUUUAUUCAUUGGAUCUGAAGGAACUCUUGGCGUUGUAACAAAAGUAGCCAUCCAGUGUCCUCCAAAACCGAAGUCUGUAAAUCUAGCAUUUUUAGGGCUAAACUCAUUUGAUAAUGUCUUGAAAGUAGUAAAGAAGGCAAAACACGAAUUAGGAGAAAUUUUAUCGUCUUGUGAAAUGAUGGAUGCGCUUACAAUGGAUCUAGUAGUUAGCCAUUUAAAAUUAAAGUGUCCUUUGAUAGAAUAUCCCUUUUAUAUGCUCAUAGAGACACAGGGAAGCAACCAAAACCACGACGAGGAGAAGAUCGAUAGAUUUCUGGAAGUUGCAAUGGAGGAAAAAUUGGUAUUAGAUGGUACAGCAACAAAUGAAGUUAGCAAAAUGAAAAACAUAUGGGACAUUCGAGAACGAAUAACUGAAGCACUAAAUCAUGACGGUUAUGUUUUCAAAUACGAUAUAUCUUUGCCAAUCGAAAACUUUUAUUCCUUGGUACCUGCAAUGGCAGAAAGGCUAGGGUCUGAUGCAAAGAGGGUCUGCGGAUAUGGACAUUUGGGCGAUGGUAACUUGCAUCUGAACAUCACAGUAAAAGAAUUCACCCAAGACGUUUUGAAGAAAAUAGAGCCCUUCGUUUAUGAAUUUACUUCUAAACUUAGAGGUAGUAUCAGUGCCGAACACGGCAUCGGUUUCAGAAAACCGAAAUAUAUGCACUAUUCUAAGAGUCCAGCUUCAAUCCAACUUAUGAAGCAACUGAAAGCCUUGAUGGAUCCCAGAAAUAUAUUAAAUCCUUACAAAGUUCUGCCUUAGGAUAAAUAAGGUUCUUACAAAUCAUAUAAAAGACAUGUAAGAAAAUUUCGUCUAAAAGUUUAUUUUACUAUUGAUGCAAAUAAAUGUAUUUUUUCAAAGAA